UGCAGCCUCAUGGACUACCGCUCCCAAUGUGCUCCGCGCCAGAAUGAAGACUACAAGUCCCGGCGUAUGGGUAGCGGGCAGCGGCGCCAUCUUCCGCGGCGCGGAUUGAAUGAGCCACUGCACCAGAGUAGCCGAGGGGAUCUGCGCGCCACCGCCUCCGCCAUGGCGUCCCUGCCGCCCCGCGCAGGGCCCGCCACGCCGCUUUCUCCCGCGCGCCUGUCUCGACUGCAGGAGAAGGAGGAGCUGCGCGAGCUCAACGACCGCCUGGCGCACUACAUCGACCGCGUCCGCGCUCUCGAGCUGGAGAAUGAUCGUCUGCUGCUCCGGAUCUCCGAAAAGGAGGAGGUGACCACGCGCGAGGUGAGUGGCAUCAAGGCCCUGUACGAGUCGGAGCUGGCUGAUGCCCGGCGGGUGCUGGAUGAGACGGCCCGGGAGCGUGCGCGGCUGCAGAUUGAGAUGGGGAAGCUGCAGGCUGAGCUGGAUGAGGCCAGGAAGAGUGCCAAGAAGCGGGAAGGUGAGCUCACAGUGGCUCAGGGCCGCGUGAAGGACCUGGAAUCCCUGUUCCACCGGAGCGAGGCAGAGCUGGCCUCAGCCCUCAGUGACAAGCACGGGCUGGAGAAUGAUGUGACGGAGCUCCGGGCACAGCUGGCAAAGGCAGAGGAUGGUCACGCUGUGGCCAAGAAACAGCUGGAGAAGGAGACACUGAUGCGUGUGGACCUAGAGAACCGUUGCCAGAGCUUGCAGGAGGAGCUGGGCUUCAGCAAGAGUGUGUUUGAGGAGGAGGUGCGGGAGACCCGACGGAGGCAUGAGCGGCGCUUGGUGGAGGUGGACAGCAGCCGGCAGCAGGAGUACGACUUCAGGAUGGCACAGGCCCUGGAAGACUUGCGCAGCCAACAUGAUGAGCAAGUGCGGCUGUACCGGCUGGAGCUGGAACAGACUUAUCAAGCCAAGCUGGACAAUGCCAAGCUGAGCUCGGACCAGAACGACAAGGCAGCCAGUGCAGCACGUGAGGAACUCAAAGAAGCCCGCAUGCGCGUUGAGUCCCUCAGCUACCAGCUCUCAGGCCUCCAAAAGCAGGCCAGUGCUGCAGAGGACCGCAUCCGUGAGCUGGAGGAAGCCGUGGCUGGGGAGCGCGACAAGUUCCGCAAGAUGCUGGAUGCCAAGGAGCAGGAGAUGACUGAGGUGCGCGAUGCCAUGCAGCAGCAGCUGGCCGAAUACCAAGAGCUGUUGGACAUCAAGCUGGCCCUGGACAUGGAAAUCAGUGCCUAUCGCAAGUUGCUGGAGGGCGAGGAGGAAAGGUUGAAGCUGUCCCCCAGCCCAUCUUCCCGAGUCACUAUCUCUAGGGCCACCUCGAGCAGCAGUGGCAUUAGCAUGUCAGUGGGGCGGGGCCGGGGCAAGCGCCGUCGACUGGAAACCGAAGAUACCCAGGGCUCCCGCAGCACCAGCUCAGGCUCAAGCAUGGGAAGCAGCUCUCGCCUGGCCCAGCAGGCAGCGGUCCCGAGUGUCGUGACCAUCGAUGAGGUAGACCUGGAAGGCAGGUUCGUGCGUCUCAAGAACUCCUCGGACAAGGACCAGGCUAUGGGAAACUGGAGGAUCAAGAGACAGGUCCUGGAGGGUGAGGACAUUGCCUAUAAGUUCACGCCGAAAUACGUCUUGCGGGCCGGCCAGACGGUCACGGUGUGGGCAGCUGGUGCAGGGGUCGUCCACAGCCCCCCAUCAACCCUUGUGUGGAAAAGCCAGAGCAGCUGGGGCUCUGGGGAGAGCUCCCGCACUGUCCUAGUCAACGCAGAUGGAGAGGAAGUGGCUGUCCAGGCCAUGAAACAGUCAUCCAUUCAGGUGAGCGAGAACGGGGAGGAGGAGGAGGAAGAGGCAGAAUUCGGCGAGGAGGACCUUUUCCACCAGCAGGGGGAUCCGAGGACUACCUCAAGGGGUUGCCGGCUGAUGUGAAACCUGCCCCAUGGUCACCAAGAUCCUCAAAGUCCCUGAGAUUAUUUUUUUAGUCAGCUUUCACUAGUCCUUGAUACAUUUCUAAAUGACUGUUAAGCGACCUUGAGAAUGUGGGUAGCCUCUGCUGGGUUCCUAGAGGUGGGUAUGUGCCUGCAGGCCUCACCCUCUCCACUGUCACCUUGUUUGAUACGGAGACCUGGGCCAGGAACUGCAGGCUGAGGGACUUGGGCCUAAGGCCAAUCUGGGAGGGGCAGGAGCCUGAUGGCUGGCUCAUGGACCUAGGGUGAGACUGCAGUGAUUCACUAGUUGAGUUUUCUUUGAAGAUUCUUAAAUCAAACCAAAUUCAGAAUCCUGGUUCCAGAGGGCUGUGGUGAUCAGUAGCCUGUCAGGAUUUAGUGGCUACACAGGGUAGACCCUCCAUCCCUGGGGUUGGUGAUGUAAAGGAAGCACCUGAACCCAGGGGGUCUCCAGCUCUGUACCCUGAGCAUGAAGGCUCUGUGAUAGUUCCCAGCCUCAGGGUGUCUCAGGCAUCUCUGGGCUUGGAUUCCACAACAAUCUAGUCCCUUCUAAAGCUGAGGACCAAGAAGGAGGAUGCUCACAUAUUGGACAACUCCUUCUUUCUUAAGAUUGUCACUCUGGUAGACUGGAGGACAGACAGAUCAUGGGUGCUCUACCUUCAGAAGCAAAGGCUGUGGGUUCCCAGCCAGUGACUGCUCACAGCAAUGUGGCAAAGCCAGCUGUACUCAUGGUCCUGUGCAUACACUCUGCAUGGUCCCUCUGUGCCCCACCCUGCUGGCUUGGCCUGGAUGCUUUCUGCAGUGGAACAUAGUUCCACAAGCUCCAAGUACCAGCCAGCUCACACCUGUCACCUUCAUCUCCCUACCAUAGACACACGGUAUUUUUUUAACGGAUAUUUAUUUUUUUACAUCAUUAAUGCAGCUCUCUGAGACUCUGCUCUGGGGGUUCAGGCCCAGGGCUGCCACAGAUGGAGAUCACCCUACCUUCAUUCAGUUUCCUUUACUGAGCCACGAGGGGUGCUGCCUCUCCUGGCACAGCCGGUGGUAGGAGUAAGUUAGGCCCACUCUCCCCAUAGCAAGAGCCACAGAAUGCCACUACUGCCACUAACCCCCAGAACCCACCAGCCACCUCCUGCUUCUAGAUACCUCGGUUUCCUUUAAGUGAUAGGUGUUGGAUUCUGGACUGUCUCCAGUUGGUUCCUGGAUGGUCGGGGCAGGCUGCAGUCUCCACACAGCUCCGUUGCCUUGCCCAUAGGGCAGGUGUCCUCGGGUGCACCCGGAACUAGAGCUGGCUUCCUUGUGUUUGAGGAACGGGACUGGAGUAGCUAGCAGUCCCUAAGGGGUCCUGUUCUGGCUCCUGCAAGCUAGGCGAUUCCAAGGGUGGCACUGCGGCUUGGAAGCAGCCUGCAUUGCGCGCAUCGCUCAGAUUUACAGGUUGUUUAUUUCCUGAGAUGCAUGCCAAAAGUGUGUUCCGCCUUUUUUUUUUUUCCUCCCUGCUAUGAUUUGUAAUAUACAUUUUACGACUGGAAACUUUUGUACACUCAAAUAAACAGUUUGAUUUUAA